AUGCCCGACGAACCUUGUGAUAUUGGAUACUGUGAGUGUCAGGACUCGCGGGUAAAAUGUGAACUAAAGGAUUGUAAUGACGUUGCGUUACAAUUUAGCGGUAUUUUCAAUACCAACAGAACAAUUUAUGCAGCCGACUGUAGACCUGAAGUGCACGCCAGAUAUAGAAGUCUAUACGUAUCGACUACGGAGCUAUACGUGCAAGAAGCGCUGUUUAGUUUGAGAAAUUGCAUGUCGUCCGCGACGUCGCUACAGAUGAUGGAAAUAAAUUUUAACGGUGAAGUGAUAAAUGAUAAGCCAACAGCGGCGGAUGAAGUGAGUUUUCAAAACUCACAUAACAUUUGGAGUCUGGUAGAUAGCACUGAUAGUAACGCUAGUACUGUUGCUGCUAGGGAAGGAGAUAAGAUUCCAGCACAACUUUCAGUUCAUUUGGAUGGUCUGGAAUACUUGGAUUUAAAUAUGCGCUGCGCUCGCGGUGUGGUGUUAGUGCCUGUGAAUAUUUUUCAUACACUCGACGCGCUGAGCAUGCUCACACUGCAUUUUGGUGCGGAGCAAGUGGUGUACAACUUGACAGCUGAACUUUUUAGGGACUUAAAAAUACUUAAAACUCUCAACUUGGAUGACAAUCAUAUGCGCGUGCUUGCCGCUGAUACAUUCAUGUACGUAACAAAUUUGCAAUACUUAAAUUUGUCAUCGAAUGAGCUGUGUACACUGCCCGCAGAGCUUUUCUCAGCGCAGGAAAAGCUACUAACGCUCGAUUUGAGUAGAAAUCAAUUAGAGACACUGCCGCCUGGUUUAUUCAAACGCACAGAGUUUUUGAAUGUGCUGCUGCUGUCGCACAAUAGAAUGGCUGUGCCCUCAGUCAUCAUCGCAUUUACGCAGCCCUUAGCCUACUUGAGUUUACUUGAUCUGAGCUACAACCAUCUGAGCGGUCUACAUGGCACCGGCGCGUUUGAAAAUUUUACAAUACUCUCACCGUCUUAUCCAGCGUCUUCGUCUUAUGAGCCGCUCAUGCGCUUUAACAAUUUAAAUGUGGUCAUAAAUUUAAGCCAUAACUACAUCAGCCGGCUGAGUUUGGAUUGGUUUAAGCACGCGGAUUACUGUCAUUAUAUUUACGAUCUCUCAUUUAAUAAUAUAACGCACGUGCCUUACCUGCAACUGUUUUGGAAAAGCAUGCGACAGUGCCCGCGCAGUUGGAUAUUGGCUGGAAACCCACUGUAUUGUGAUUGUCAAUUGGCGUGGUUGACCUGGCGCGAUCACCACUUUAACGUUACGGAUUGGCAGUGCGCCGCGCCAGCACAACUACACAACCAAGCGCCACAUUUGCUCAAUAGUAGUGCGCUUUGCCAAUGGUCAACCGCGAAGUGUCCGCAAGAAUGUGUUUGCAUAUAUAAUGACGACGCGCUCAACAUCAAUUGCACGGCUGCACAACUUGUAGAAGCGCCCACGCUGCCGCAUGCAGCACAAGUUGGUGCAAACAGCACAACUUUAUACAUUAGCCAUAAUAAAUUAUACGAACUGCCAUUAAAUACAACGUCGGGUUAUGCGUCGGUAUCAAGCCUUUAUGCUGCGCAUAAUCAGUUGAGCACAAUACGCGUAAUCCGCCUACCGUACAAUUUGCGGGUGUUAGAUGUACGCGCUAAUCGCUUGGACCGCUUGAGUCGUGACUUUCUCAUUAGCUACAUGCAAACGCGUGUCACAUUGCAACAAUUAUAUAUCUCUGAAAAUCCUUGGCUCUGUGAUUGCGAAGCUGAACUGUUGUUAAAUAUUAUACGCGCGCAACGUCACCGCAUACCUGACGCGCAUGCCGCCUUCUGUGCCAAUAUGCCAAACGUUUCACUAACCAAUGUCAAAUUUGCCGAAAUUUGCGUAAUUAAGCGAUCAUCUAGCGUGCUACUCAAAUUAGCGCUUGCGCUCACAUUACUCAGCACCGCGCUCAUCAGCGUCACGGCGCUCUACUACAAAUACAAACUGCAAAUAAAAGUUUGGUUAUAUGCACACCGUAUUUUCCUCUGCUGUAUAACCGACGCGUCGCUGGAUGAAGAUAAAAUGUUUGAUGCUUUCAUCUCAUACUCUCAUCAGCAACAGGAGUAUGUCAAUAACACGCUGCUGCCGCAACUCGAGCAGGGUGUACCGCGCUUUCGUAUUUGCACACAUGAACGCAAUUGGUUGGCUGGCGGGUAUAUACCCGAGCAGAUUAUCGAGUCGGUGGAACAGUCGCGACGCACGAUUAUUGUGCUCUCGCAGGAUUUUAUCGCUUCCGACUGGGCACGCAUGGAGUUUCGUAUGGCGCAUCAGUCUGCAUUGAAUGAGCGUCGCGCGCGCAUUAUAAUUAUCAAAUAUGGUGAGCUGACCGAUAUCAGGAAUAUGGAUAAAGAGUUGCAGGCGUACUUGAAAAUGAAUACCUACUUGGAGCAUAAUGAUCCACGCUUUUGGCAGAAGUUGCGUUAUGCUAUGCCGCAUAAAAAUAUUAACGAACGUAAAAAAUCCAAUCGUGCAGAAGUGAACAGACGCGUUAAUCUAAUACCGUUGGAAUGAAUAGAUGUAGCAGUAAAUGUUAUGGUCUGUUAGCAUA